AUGAGGCCAGCUGAGGUCCAGAGAGCUUACCUGCAACGAGCAAAAAUCAUUCGAGCGUCAGGCAGUACUGCUCGCAAGAGGGCCCAGAACGAAACACUGAGGAACAGCCACACCCGGACAUCGUGGGCAGGUGCGCGCAUCGCGUCGGCUCCCGGCUCGCUGGGCUCCGGGCGCGCGCCACCGCGGCGGAAAGAGGGAGCGAGGAGGGAGAAGCGGCGCCCUGACGCUGCCACGCCGCCGCCACCCCACCCCCAUCGAAAUCCCGGGCCACCGCAGCAAUUCGAGAAGGUCCCCGAGGAAGCGAAGCGCCGCGGCCGGGCCUGCAGCCGGCGAGGAGACGCGGAGGACGCGAGCCGGAAGGAACUGCGGCCCCCGCGCUGCCCCCACCGCCGCGGCCGUGUCCUCGGCCGCCCACCCCCGAGCCGGGUGACGCGGGCUGGGACAGCCGGGGGCCGCCGUGCUCCCCUCCCCCAGCGUUCCCUCCCGAAAUCACGCCGUUCCCUCGCUGGGGGGAGCGGGGGGCGGGCUGAGCUGCAAACGCGCUUUCUGGGGUUGAAAUACCGAGAUGUCCGCAGACCUGGCGGACGCGAAUUCCCAGCACCCCACCCCCUCCCCCGGACAGCGGUAUUUGGCGUUCAGCGCAAUUGCCUGAGAGAACGCGUGAUCCUGCCGAGUAUUCGGGAUUCGUCCGCACAGAGAUCUACGCGCCCGACCGAGACCUAAAGCUUCCCCCGAGCGUGACCUCAGCGGGCUGCUCCGCGCGGAGCCCCACGACGGCGACUUCCCUGGCAGCCUCCGUCCUACCUACUCCUCACCUAGUCCUCUGGAAGCGAGGGGUGCCGCGGGUUGCGUCCAGAUCUAGCUGGACGCUGGCGAGAAGCUGCCAACCAAAACAGAAUGUUGUCACGCUCAGACACCGAAGCCCUGACCGUUGGUAGGGCUGAGUGCACGGUGUCCCUUCGCCCCUAGGGAGGCUGAACACGCUCUGCCAGCGCCCUAACCUCUCUUGGGGGAAGAAUCUCGCAGUUACCUGCCCCGGUAGCAACAGGCAGCGGGGUGAGCCGAUCUAGGAUUACUUAAAAGACUCCCUUCUGCAGGGUAAGCCAACGGCAUCGCACCCCCCUUGGUUCUUUGGCUUUGUCCUGGGUCACCUCCAGGUGUGGAACCAGCUCACGGGUAUGUUGGGCUUUAUUUGCUGGAUGUCUCUUUGGAACACGCUUUUCCUGGCACAGCCUAGACUGGAGUGGAUAAGGGGCGGCGUCAGGUAGUCUCUGAUCCUAUGUCAGAGUCUGGUAACACUAGCUGUCCAUCACCCGACUUAACACUGAGCACAGCCUGUUCGGAGCCUAGAACCGCUUAGACCGGAAAGGACUCUGAACUUUUGGGGUCCUGUUUCAGGAAUUCGGAUUGGCUGAAGACAGACUGGGAAGGGCUUACAUUAUACUAAAAAGAAAAAUGUUGUAUAUGUAGGCUCGGGUACUUUUACAAAUUAUUUUUGAGCCAUCCUAUCAAUAUUCCGGAAUGUCAUUUGUUUCCACAGAUUCUUCCUCUGUUGUCUUAAAGAGGUGAAGUUACUUGCCCAAGGUCACACGGUUAGUAAAGCACAGUUAGGCUCUGAAGACCGAUGUCUCUAACAACCAAAACUUAUGUCCAGUGUUCACCAUGCUACACAGAAAAAUAAUGAAAUCGAGGGGCGAAGCAUGAGAAUUUCCAAGCAAUAAUUAAAAGAGGAAAGGAAUCAGGAGGAAGUGGACAGAAAAAAUGUCAUGCAAAGUAAACCAGUAAGUCUACUAUUCAAAGGAAAAAAAAAAAAAAAACCCACCAACAGAAACCAAACUGUACUAGGUGGUAGACUGGACAAAUCCAAG